AUGUCACCACCACAUGCCUUCUUUGAUCUCGUCAAAGCCCUUUCAUCGCUAGAUGUUGACAAAUUCCACGGGUUCGAGAUUAUAUCAGCACGAUAUAAAAUAUUACCCGUUGGUGUCGGUGGUAUUUCAACCGAUGUUUUGAUCCCAAAGACUCGGUUGAAAACCAGAAGGCUUUCGAAGUGCCCUCUUAUGAUACGAAUUCAUGGUGGAUUCCUCGUCACUGGCUCAAGCCGUUAUGCGCCUUGGUUUUCCAGCUGGAUCCUGGAUUAUGCCGAAAGAAGUGAUGCGAUUAUCGUAUCCCCCAAUUAUCGCUUGUUACCUGAAGCUACCGGGGAUGAUAUCCUACAAGAUAUUAAUGAUUUCUGGAAUUGGCUUCAUGAAGGUGGACUCUCGGAAUGCUUGAAAAUGGCAGGCUACGUUGAUCUCACCGUGGAACUUUCGCAGCUCUUACUUUUAGGAGAGAGUGCAGGUGGGUAUCUGGCUGUCCAACUAGCCCUGACCUACCCGACUCAGGUCAAAGCCGUUAUCGGAGCCUAUCCAAUGCUUGAUUUGAAGUCGCCAUUCUACACGGAAGCGUUUUCAAAGCCAAUCGUUGGGAUGAUCAUAUGGGCGCUUUGGCAAGAGGAGAGGGGCCUGAGAUGCCCACAGCAGCAGACCCCCCCUGGUCGACUUGACUUAGCUUUCGCAAUUGUCCAGAACGGGAGAUUUCUUCAGUUUUGUGGAAUUGAAAACCCAAAUUUAUUUCCGAUGGACAGGGUACGGAUAAUGUGUUCAUCUUUGCUUGCACAAUUGCCACCAAUGUUCAUCUUCCAUGGCGAGCAAGACUCGGCAGUCCCCGUCGAAGGGUCCCGAAAGUUUAUCGCUUUGGUUCGCGAUAAGGUAAAGGACCCCAAGAUUUAUCUUCAUGUCCAAGAAGGAGACCAUGGAUUUGAUGUGGACGCUACUCUGGAUACACCGUGGCUGCGUGAUGGUUUGGUCAUGAUUUCUAAAGCCUGGUCGGGUUAG